UGGAGGCUUGAAGCUGCUCGCGCUAAGCAGGUGCUGAGGAGCGCCAGCCGAAGUGAGCCCACGACUCUUGGGGGCCACUUGACUGUCGCGUCGCGAGGAGGUUUCACUUCCCGGGACUCGGGGUGGCGCCGCGCCGCGCCUCGCCGCGGUGGGCUUCAGCAGAGUCGAGGUGGACGAGGGGCAGAGUCCCGCGGGCGGCUGGUCCGCACGCCGCGGUUCCCACGCUUCGGCAGCAGAGGGCUGAGGUGGGUGUGUCUCGUUCCUCGCUGGCUUUCUGGCACACGCCAGGGCGCUGCGACUGAACCUUGGGCUCUGCCGGGCGGUUAGUACUGGAGCGCGCCGACUGGCUCGGGACCCGCCCUGGGAGCGCGGGGUUGAAGCUACUUCUGCGGAGGUGGGCGAGCGGUGCCCCCCCCCCCCCACACACACAUACACACUCCUGGACUGCAAGGAGAAGGAAACACACCUGCUUCGGCUCCAGCUUGUGCAAAUGAUCCGAUAAGGGCGUUGCUGCUCACGUCCCAGAGGUUGCAGAGAUACCCUCCUGACGGACAGCUGAACAGAGUCCUCAUUGCUUACCUCCUCCACAUGGAAAAGCUAACGAUGCAAAAUUGUGUUCUGAGAACCACAAGCUUUAUUAGCCGGAAGAUGUCCUCAUGAGCCCAGACUGCUGGAACUGGAUGUUCCCGAAUGGGCAGUCCUAGUCCUAGUCCUAGCCCUUUGUUCCAGGUUUCGACUGGCCUUUUGAAGGACUUGUUUCUUCUCCGACCAACACUCCAUGAAGAACCAGCUUUUCCAGUUGCUCAGGCAGCUCAGCACACUGUGUUAGCUGUUCCCAGAAGCCAUCAGCCACUCAACUAUCCACAUCGCUGGCCUGCAGAAGCUCCUCGCAUGCCUUGAUCAUGGUGCUCAUGUGUUGACGGGAAAGAAAACAAAGUGAAGCUGUUUCUUGUCCUAUGUCUUCAUCAGAUCGUCUUGAAUUAAAAUGACAGCUCUUCCUUCAGAGAACUGCUCUCUCCAGCCCCUGUCACACCAGUCGAAGCAGCCCGUAGAUGUUAGCUGUCUGUUGUUCCUCAUCAUACUUGGGAAAACGUUAUUGAAUAUCCUCAUGCUAGGGCUGAAAAGGAAAGACACCCACUGGGGCUUUAUGGAGUGCUUCUGCUUCUCACUAGCAUUUGUUGAUCUUCUGCUGUGGGUUAACCUUUCCAUUCUGUUCUACUUCAAGGACUUUGUAGUUCUAGGUAUUAGGUUUACACAGUAUCAUAUUUGUCUGCUCACACAAAUUAUUUCCUUCACUUACGGCUUUUUGCAUUAUCCGGUUUGCUUACUAGCUUGUAUAGAUUACUGUUUGAUUCUGUCUGGAGCCACCAAGCACUCAUCUAAGUGGCGAAAGUUAUUUUAUUUCUUGACAGUCAUUUUAACUUGGAUUUCAGUCUUUGCGUAUGUUCUAGGAGAGCCAGCCAUCUCACAAAGCCUGCAGACACACAGCGCUUCUCUGUACCAAUGCCCUUCCUAUGUCAGUACACAGAGUUACUGGCUGUCACUGUCUAUGCUGGUAGUUUUAUGUGUGGCUUUUCUGAUUUCGUGGCCGGAAGUUGUUGCCAUGGUACAAGCUAUUAGGAUAGCAUCCUAUAUGAACAAGACCGUCCUCUACUGUCCCUUCCCAUCCCACUCUGGAGUGAGCACUAGAGAAGCACUCUUGCCCAGGCUUAUUGUGUGCUUUCUUGGUACCUGGUUUCCCUUUGUAGCACUUCAGGUCCUCACCCUCUCACUCAGAGUUCAAAUCCCAGCAUACAUAGAAAUGAAUGUGCCCUGGCUGUACUUUGUCAACAGUUUUCUCAUUGCUGCAAUUUCUUGGUUUAACUGCCAAAAGCUUUAUUUAAGGGACAGCACAUUACGUCUGGAUCCUUUUGUCAACUGGAAAUGCUGUUUUGUUCCAAUCCAUAGACUUAAGCAAGUGGAGAGGCCCGUAUCCAUAAUCAUCUGUUCACAGUCUGCUGUGCUGGGAGGAACUCCAGAAGCACCACGGACAGACCUGGUGGCUCUGGACACAGAACUGAAGCUCGUGUCCCCCUAAUUUAGAACUUCUCAGCACAGCCUCUCUGUAGUGGAUAUUAAAUAGUGCUAAGGACACAACAAAGUUUCUAUGCCUGUUCAGCAACACUGUGUGAGUAUUUGAUGUUAAUCCAAAAGUAAAAUAAACACAUUAACAUGUGGCCAGCUUGAUGUUUACUCCAAUUUG